UAUAUAUGCUUCCAUCAAGCUUCAGUGACGCAAUCGAAGUACCGGAUUCUUUCUUUCUUGUUCGUCUAAUCUCUGAGAGAGAGACACAGAGAGAGAGAGAGAGAGAGAGAGAGAGAGAGUAUUAUGGCUCUGCCUCAGUCCGUGCGAUGUUCAUCUUCUACGGAAGGGGAAGAAGGAAGAGAGGAAGACCCACUUCAUGGACAAAUGAUAAACAAUCUUGCUAGUGCUGUGAUGAAGAAGCUCACGAACUCAAACACCUCACAAACCCUCACACCUGAGCUAAUAAGUCGUAUAAAAAAAAGCCUUUCUCAAGCCUACCCUGUGUUUUUCACAGCCGAUCACCCCACCUAUGCUGUGAUGAUACAGAAGGCAGUUGCUGAGUUGAAUGAGGAAGGGGGUUCGACUGAAAAAGCAGUAUCAAAAUUUAUCAGAGAGCAUUUUGACUGUUUGCCAUUGGCUCAUGAAAGAUUCUUGAGUCAUCAUUUGAAGAAACUUAGUGAGAGCGGAGAAAUUGUUAGUGCUUCAAAAAACUGUUAUAUGCUUCCGGCUCAUAAAAUUGAUUCUUAUUCUCGAAGGGAGCCUGUGGAGAAACUGAAGAGAAGUGAGCUGGGUAGGAGAAUAAUAAGAAGAAGAAAUGAUUUGAUUUUGAGCCUGAAAAUCUGGCAGUAGAACAUGUUGAACUGACUGGACAACAGAGAGAACAUGCACGGCAAAGUCAGGAACCACUUCAGAAAGAAGAGUUUAGUAAAGCGAUUGAUGAUGAAGACGUUUUCCCAGAGAAACAAAAUGAACUACAAGACGAAUUGAAUGGAAAAAAUAGACAAGCGGAAAUGCAAGAAGCUGCCAUGGUAGUACAGAAAUAUAAAGUGACUGAAGAACAGGUUGAAGAGACUAAACAACAGAGAGAACAUGGGCAACGGAGUCAAGAAACGAGUCUAGAAGAACAGCAUAGUAAGGUGAUUGACGAUCAUGGAUCUCCAGAAGAACAGCAAGAUGAAGUGAAUGGACAAAAAAGUAAAAACGAAAUUCAAGAAGUUGCCAUGAUUGUUGAAAAGCAUACCAAUUCAAUACAGAAAGCAACUGAGGAACAAGUAGAAAUGACAGAAAAACAAAGGGAGCAUGAUAUGCAAAUUGGAGAACCCGAUCGAGGAGAAUAUACUAAGUUGAUUGACGACCAAAAUGGAUGCCUAGAGCUACAAACUGAACAGAAUGAACUGAAUGGACAACAAAGUCAAACUCAAAUGCAAGAAGUUGCAAUGACUUUUGAAAGGCAGAAUAAUGCAAACCAGAAAUGUAAAGUGGCUGAAGAAUGGGUCGAGCUGACAUGUGUUGAAGUGACUGAACAGAGAUCACACGGGCAACAAAGUGAAGACACAGGUCUACUAGAACAGCAUGGUGAGGUGAUUGACGAUCAAAGUGUAUCUCCUUAUGAACAGUGUGUUAAAGGGAAUGGACAACAAAGUGAAAAUCAAAUGGAAGAAGUUCCAGUGAUUGUUGAACAACAGAACACUGCAAAAGAGAAAUAUAAAGCAACUGAAGAACCAGUUGAAGUCACUGAUAAACAGGGAGAACACAAGCAACAAAGUCCACAAGAACAGCAUAAUAUGGUGAUCGAAAGUCAAAAUGGAUCUUCGGAUGACCUGCAAGAUGAAGUGAAUGGACAACAAACUCAAACCCAUGUGCAAGAAAUUGCAGUGAUUGUUGAAAAGCAAUGUAUUGCGGAGCAUGAUGACAAAGUGAAUGAAGAUGAAGAAUAUCAAUUGACUGAACAACAUGGAGAACGUGGGCAGCAAAGUGAAGAAGAACAGCAUAAUAACGUGAUUGACUAUCAAAAUGGAUCUCCAGAGAAACAAAAUGAGCAGCCAGAUGAUGCAGAUGGACAGCAAAGUCGAAUACAAAUGCAAGAAAUCGCAGUGACUUUUGAAAAGAAGAUUGAUGCAGAACAGAACUAUAAAGAGACUGAAGAAAUAAUUCGAGCACAAGAGGAUGGACAAAUUGAACAACAGUGCCAAAGUAAAGAACAGCAAUGUGAGAUGACCACGGGACGGUUACAGAUUGAAGGUAUUGAAAGAGAAAUUCGGUUACUAGAAGAACAAGUUGAAAUAAUGGAAAAGCUGACUGCACCAGAACAGCAAAUUGAAAUUAUUUCAGAACAAAAUAAGCCACAAGAGCCAAUUGACUUAAUAUCCCAGACCAUUGAUUCUUGCAAUAUGCAGGAGUUAUCAUCCAAUAAGCAAGAGAAAGAUGCAGCUAUUGUGAUCAAUUCAAGCCCUCUUACAAGUAAAAAAUUGCCCCACCAUGGUUCAUCACAUUUGUCUGAGGAUGAGGAGCAGAAAGCAGAAAAUGUGAUUGAAGAAAAUGCUGUUGAGAUGGAAUUGACAGAAAUUGAGCAGUCAUGUGAAAAGCAACAGGAAAAACAGGAGUGGUGUCAGCAAAGGCAACUGCUUCCUCGGCGUAAAAAACCAUCUGAAUCUGAUUGUGGAGUGCCGAAGGCACCUAAGUUUCAGGAUGGAGAGGAGCAGCAGGCAGAAAAUGUCACGGAGCAAUCCUAUCGACCACAACAUCAGACAGAGGAGCAACAGAAGUUUAGGGGGCUGGGCCUUCAGGAUCAAAGACCAUCAGAUCAACAAGGGGAAAAUGCAUGUCAGGAACUUGAGCAUGAGCAGCAGCCUAGGGAAUGUAUACAGGAAAUGGGUGUGGAACUUGACUAUUUGUCAGUUAAGAUGUCAUUUGAACCGCAGAAAAAGACAGAUGAGCCAGGACAGCAGCGGCAAUUGCGUCCGCGGCGCCAGAGGCAGUCCACGUCUGAAGUGUCAAUCACACCAAACCUUCAAGAAGCUGAAAAGACUGAAGAGCUGAGGGCAUCAGCAGAAAAAACAGGCCAAACACAGCAGCAGAGGCAACUGCGACCUCGAAGCAAAAUGCUGUCCAAAUCUGGACAAGCUGCGACUGGAUCUAGGGUAGUUUUUUUACCUUCACAAUCUCUGGAUGAGGAGUGUAUAUCACUUUCAAACAGUGGAAGAUCUCGAAUGCAAAAAACAGGAGGGAAAAAAUUAUGUCACCAGAAGAAUCAACAUGAAAAUCAUUCUACCCAGCAUAAGCGGUGCACACCAGAGCCAACAAUAGAUACCCUUGGUUCAAUCCUCCUUUCCCAGAAUACAGAGCUUCCAUACACUGAAGCAUUUCAAGACCUAGGACCAACGGCUAUUGAUGCUUUAUCUCAACCUAGGGAUCAAAAAACAAAGAAGUUGAAGUCCAAGCCAACAACAACAAAAGUUCUUGAUGAGUUAGUUCUCACUUCCCAGCAGCUCGUGGAAGAACCUCAUACUCCACAGCUCAAGCCAAGAUCAGUGGUAGAAUUUUCCCCAACUAUAGUACAGCUGCAACAGCUGCGCCAUAUGAAACUACGCUCACACAGUCAAGGUGUUUCACAAUCUGAUCCGGCUGUAUCCAUGACAGAAUCAUCACCCUCACAGCACCAAUGUGAGCAACCACAAGAGGAGCAUCAUGAUGAGUUGCAGCAGCCGAAGCAUCAAAAGAAGAAUCCUCCUAGACCAAAGGAAACUGUGGACUCAACCAUGAGGGUUUUGUUCCCAACAGCUGACCAGCAGCCGCAAAAGCAAGAAAGAGCGAGGCCUCAUAAAAAAAAAACUGGCCACAGCUGCAACCGGCGAUGAAUCAUCUCUGCCUGAUAAAUGUAAGAAGCAACUGGAACAACCCAAAAAACCAAAACAAGCGAGGCGUUGUAUAGAAAAACUGGCUACAGCUGAAACCAGCGAUGAAUCCCUGCCUGAUAAAUGUCACAAACAGAUGGAACAACCAGAAAAGGGAAAACAAGUUAGGCGUACUAAAGAAAAACUGGCCAAAUCUCCAACUGGCGAUGAAUCCCUGCCUGAUAAAUUUCAGAAGUAGCUGGAUCACAACCAGAAAAAGCGAAAACAAGGGAGACCCAGUAAGUUGGGUACAAAAAGCACUGUAUCAGGGAUGAAAUUGACCUUGAAGAACCGACCAUGUCAACAAAAGCAUCGAGGGAGGGGAAGGCCUCGAAAAGUUACUCAAGGACCUAGGGAAGCAACAUAGCAAGUGAAAAUUUUGGUUUGCUUUUGUCACUAGCAUUAUAGUUCACUGGUUUCUAUGAUUCGUAUGUUUUUAUGGAUUAUGCAAGUGUCAGUGCUUUGUUUUUUCUAAAUACAUUACCAAAAUGAACUCGUGAUCCGUCUGCUUGCACUUCGA